AUGAAUUAUCUUUUUAUAAUAGGCUCUUUGAUAGUAUAUUCAAUUUUUGGUGAAUUAAUAUUGCUCACAAAAGGAGAUCAUUAUCAUGAGAUUUGCGAUAUAAACAAGCAUGAUUUUUACACAGAUUGUGAUGAGAAUUCCAUUUACAUCCAGGAACAUAAAGUUAAUGAAUAAAUUCAAUAACUAUAAAAAAAUGAAAUCGAACAAAUUCUCUACUAUCCAAAUGAUUAGAAUACCAUACUUAUCCUGGAAAAGAAUGGCAAAAUUACCAUCCUCUUUAAGGAUAACCAACAAUUCAAUUCCCCCUUUAAAGAAUUGGGAACAAUCGAUCUCAACACUAAAACUCUGCCUGAUUUUACCUGUAGCGACAUGACUCAAUACUCCCUUGAUAUUUUCAUGGCUGUCUGUAGAUCAGAUAAUGAUAUCUACAUUUCCAAAAUUGAAUGCAUAGCUGAAGAAAAUAAAUAUUUAUCAGGUUGCUCCUCACAAUUGUUCUUAGACACAGAUCAACUCAACAACUGUGAUAAUUUAAAUAUCAUCACUGAGAGUUCCUGGAGAGUCAAAGAUCCUGAGUACUUUAGCAUCUAUUGUUCUUCCCAAGAGAAUUUCCAAAUCACCAAAUAGCUCUUGAUUGGUAAAUUCAACAAUCAAGCUAAUUCUAUAAAGAUGGUUCAAUUCAAAAGUCCUAUCAAUGAGAUUGAAAAGGUCUCUUUUUUCGAUGACAACACUCUCAUGAUAUUAGAUCAUCGAUCAGGAUUGCAUGUAUACAGAUUUACAUUCACAGAUGAUGGGGAAGUCAUGUAUGAACAAUUAUUAUGGUAAUUAUUUUUACCCAAUGAAUUGUUUUAUGCACUCAGCUACUCACAUGAACAAUAUGCCAUCAGAUUCCCACCCUUAGGAAUCAUUGAAAAUGACAUCCAAUACAGCAUUGUGAUACUGAGUGAUCACUUUAUCUAUGAGUUGGCCUUACCUCAAAAAUCUAAAGACUUCUUCUUUACCACACUAUCCAUUAAUGACAAAAUUAAUCUCAACUCCAUACUUAACCGUAAGUAAAUCAAGAAGGCCUAGAUUUAAUACGAUGAACAGUUCUAUUAUACUUGCUUUACCUACAUCCAAAAUUCCAUUGAAUGUUACAGAAUUAAUAGACAUCAAUCCUACACUGAAAAAUUAUUGCUUCAAAAUAAUUACCAACAUCCUAUGCUAUUGACUUACCCUGUCUCAUUCUCCACGAUAACUGGACAAACCAACAUACUGAUAACUCAGCAGGUGAAUCAAACUCAUGCCAUUCUGUCUCUAAUUAAAAAUGAAAUAGAGAGAUUAACUGUAGUGUCCACCUCAAAUGAAGAGUUUCUUUGUUCUAUCAUAUAUAAAAACAUGAACAAUCAGAAUGUCACGCUCAUGAUUUAUAAUCAGCAAUUCGAAAGCACAAAUGUAUUCAAAAUAGACCAUCUACAAAAUUACAAUUUUCCCAAUACUGAUUCGACUGUCCUUUAUUCGACCCUAAUAAGGGGGCCUGCCACAAUACUUUCACCCAAAAGCGAUAAGAAAAAUGUUGAAGUCAUAAGCCUUUCUGGCUUUGGAUAUGAAAUGUGGGAAGACUUAUAUUAACACUUUAUAUAGCAUUCUCGCAUCCCCAUUAAAUCAUUCUUAGAUAAAGGAUUCAGAACUAUAUUCUUGUAAAUCGAUUAGGUGAAGAUGAUUAUUCAAUAGGAGAUACCUAAUACAAAUUAUUUUACUUAGAAGAUCUACUCUUUGGAUUGCUCAUCAGUCAAUAUUGUAAAGAAUAUAGUCAGCAUUUCACCAUAUUACAUAAUAUUCUAUUAAAAAACCACUUAUUACACUGUCUUGAAAAUAAAGAGAGUGGAAGAGGGUGUUGUAGAUUUUGAUUGUUAGAAUAUAGAGUAUAGCCUCUUCGAUCAGCAGUACGAAGUCUUUGUAGAUCUAGAUUAUAUCAAUUUGUUUUUCAGCACAAACAACACCAUAUAUUACACUGAUAUUUACUUUAAAAACAUAAUAACAAUUGAAAUUGAUCGUAAAUUUAGACAAUUGAAUUUUCAAUUUUUAAAGAAUGAUCUCAUUAUCGGAAGUCACCAGAAUAAGUUAUAUUAGAUUCAACUGACGAAUCAAUUCAAAGUCAAUCAUUUUAAGACAAUCAUUGUAGAAAUAGAGUUGGGAUAAAUGACUCAUAAUUUCAAAUUCUUUGUGUUGUAACUUAAAAAACCAAUACUGACACUUGUUAUCGUAGAUGAUAGAAUAACACUCUACACAAUCGAUAAUUUAUAAGAUAUUAAAUUUGAUUCAUUGUUACCCUAAUUCAAUAGCAUAAUCAACGCAAAUGAAACCUAUAUCAAUUAUUAUAUGCUAAUAGUGCCAACCAAUAAGCCAAAUGAAUUGUAUGUCUAUGACUUGUCCAAGACUGGAUCAGAUAGAUUACAUGCAAUCCACAAAUAUUCUAUUUUGUCAGAACCUAUAACCAUCUGCUACCCAAAAAUGCAGACCUUCCUAUACUGUCUGUAGUUCACAAAUGCUGAUAUCAAUUGCUACUUUAAUAAAAUGCUUGAAUUUGAACUAAUUGCCUCUGAUCCAACCAAUAUUGACAACCAAUUCUCUGUGGCCAUCAAUGCCUAAUCUGCAUUAAGCUACAGUGUCUAAAAGACCCUGACGAUCAAUGGCAGUUUUAGGUAUUAGGAUACAAUGAUCGAGAAGAGUGUAAAGAAAUUGCCAGAAAUUGAAAUCUACAAGACCGACUUCACGACUUCAUUAAAGAUUAUGGAUUACUAUUCAGGUCCUAUUUUCAAUUAUUAAUUGUAAAAUGCUAAGGAAUUCAAUAUUAAAAUGGUGCCCUUUAUCUGGGAAUAGGAGGAUAAUCUAGUUAGAUUUAAAAUUGAUUAAACAAUCUUAGGAACUAGUGUUUCUAAAGAGUACUUAAUCAUAUUGGGAGAUGAAACCAUAGGCAUCAUAGAUAUUCCUUAGACUCAAUAUCACAAAUAAGUAAUUUAGAGCACAAUAGAUUAUGACGAGAUCAAGAAUGUGUUCUUUGAUUAGGAUUAACCUACUGUUAACAAUUGUACGAAAUCCUUCAUUAAUCCAUUGUCAAUUGCUGAACUAUCAGCCAUUCAUGUAAUAGCAUUGUUUUGCUAAUCUAUGAUGGUUAGAGUUGAUGUUACUAAUUAGAUCAACUAAUUGAGUUUCACAAUCCUAUCUGACAAUCAGCCAAUUGAAAAAUAGUUCUUGGAGAACUUCUUCUUCUUAAACAUCAAUUUCAAAGAUUUCUUAUACUAAAAUUAAAGCUCCUUUAUUUUGGAAGAUGUGAAAAUGAUCAAUUUUCCAAUUCAAUUCAAACCCAAAUAUAAAUUCAUCACUAUCACCGCAAUGGUCAAGGGAAAUAAAAGAUAUGACACAGAAGACAAGGCAAGAGAUAAUUUGAUUUGUAUCUUCUAUGGGUACUUAGAUUAAAGUAAGAGUUCACUUUUGAAUGGUUCUCUUUUGGAUGUGAUUGGAGCAGCUAAUUUUAAUAAAAAUACAUUGAUAGUCAACAAUUUUUAGAUGUAUUGUAUUAAGGGGUGUGCCAUUCAAGAUGGCAAUAAUAUCUAGAUUGAAACCAUAAUCGAACUAGUAUUCAAUGAUCAAUAUUCAUUUAAUCUCUUUAAGUUGUAGAUUAGCUUCACAUACCAUGCUAAUAAAUCACCAUCGUAUAAGUUGUUAAAUGUGGAAACUCUGAACAUCAAAGAACUAAUGAGUAAUUUUGUGCAGAAUCAAAUUGAAUUCACAUAUAUCGACACUGAAGUUGAAUUUCUGAAGGAUUCGACUUACACCAUUAAUGUAACUACGGAUUCCCUCAGUUUUGAUUUAGUUCAAAUAUAGGGAAGAAUUGAGAUUGAAUAGAUUUUUAAACAAUAUACUCAAUGUCAGAGUCCACCUGGGUCAUUGAAAGCUUCCUACAAUGAGUACUUUGCUAUUAGUUGUAGAAAUACAUCUAGAAACUACUCCGAGCAAACUCAAUUUGUUAAGUUGUUCUUAAGGGGACAAUAAUAGAUAAAUCAUUCAGUGAAAUCAGUCAUCCAAGCUGCUGAGAUACAAGGCAAUCUGAGGUUGUUAGACAUAUAAAAGGGGUAUUUGAAUGAGCAUGUUCGAAUGUUGAUUUUGGAAUAAGACUAUAACUAAUAGGACUUUUAAUUAAGAUGGUUCACUCUUAAUGAUCAGUUUACAUUAAUAGCUGAUUAAAAUAGUACUCCAAAGAGUCUAUUGAAUGUGUAAUUAUGUCCAAGUAAUCUAAACGAGAUUUAAGGGUUAUGUAUGGAUAUAACUAUAUCAAACACUGGAUAUAAACAAUAUAUAAAAACGGAAUGGUUGCUCUUUGUGUUUUUGAUUGGGUUGCCAUUGAUAAUAAGUUGUAGUUUCAUCAUAUAUUGCAUUAUCAACUAUAAGGCAGAGAAGCAAAAAAGAGUGGAAUCGUUUGGAAUGAAUCUUGAACAUUAACUAAAGAAAUAAUCCUCUCAUUUGUAAUUAAAGAUGGAAGAUACUAUUUAUUGA